AGGCCGUACGAGAUUACAGAGUGGGAGGGUUGCAUGGAGAGCUGGAAAGACAAAACAAAAGCCACACAUUUCAACCAACAGGCGCUGGUCGCUUUUUAUUUUUUUGUAAAUCAAAACACAUUCGGUCGAUUACCGUGUAACAACAACGCUUUGCACCAUGCCUAGUAGCACAUCUUUGCUGGAGGCCGACGAGGGAGAGUCCGAGGUCCCGCCGCCGCUAGAGCACGCUUUCGCCGGUAUGGGCCUCGAGGAGCAGCACGGCACCCAGAGCCAGACCCCCGAACAAGCAGACGAGAACCUCACCUUUCACCACCACCACCACCACAACCACCACCACAACCACCAGCUGCCCGCGGUUCCUCAUUUCAGCCUCCUCGGUACGGUCCUGGACCUGAAGCCGCUGCCUCCGCACCGGCCGCCCUCGGGAGAUGAAGUGAACCUCACGGCGGCGCCCGACGACGAGGAGUCCGACGUCGGAGCCGACUCCUCGGUCUGCGGUAGCUUGUUGUUAGCGCAGGCCCACCUCCACCGACACCUCCCAUCGGGGCCGGGUGGCUCCGGGAUGCCGUCCGGGAUGGAGCCGCCGCCGCCGCACGUCGAGACGGUGUUGCUGUACAACGGAGACGAGCGGGACGAGCCGGUCGGCGGCGGCGUCCUACCGACGACCGGCAGCAUGGCGAUGCUACCGUCCGGUGUGUACGGGGAGUCGGGCUACGAGGCCGAGCCGUCGCUGUUGAGUCGGCGAAAGAGCGUCAACACCACCGAGUGUGUGGCCGUGCCGAGCUCCGAGCACGUCGCGGAGAUCGUCGGCAGACAGGGCUGCAAGAUUAAGGCACUUCGAGCCAAGACCAACACCUACAUUAAGACGCCGGUGAGGGGGGAGCAGCCUGUCUUUGUUGUGACAGGGCGCAAAGAAGAUGUGGCCAUGGCUAAGAGGGAGAUCCUGUCUGCAGCUGAGCACUUCUCCCUCAUCAGAGCCUCUCGAAACAAGACGGGCCCUCUGUCAGCUGCGACCGGUCCUGGGACCCCCUCUCUACCUGGACAGACGACCAUUCAGGUGCGGGUACCGUAUCGUGUUGUAGGGCUGGUCGUGGGUCCUAAAGGGGCAACCAUCAAACGUAUUCAGCAACAGACCCACACCUACAUUGUGACACCGAGUCGUGACAAAGAGCCAGUGUUCGAGGUCACCGGGAUGCCGGAGAACGUGGACCGGGCGAAGGAUGAGAUAGAGGCGCACAUUGCCCUCCGCACAGGCACCUGCGGAGGGAUUGAGGCUCCUGGUGUGGACAACAAUGACUUUCAAUUCAACGGGACAGACGUCAGCUUUGAGACUUCUGCGAUGCCAGUAGGGAUGGGGGAGGCUGGGUGGCUUCAUGCUGGUGCAUCAUCACCGGGUGGCGGUGGCUUGCUGCCAAUGAGCAUCAACGGUACUCAGCGAAUCAAUAGCAAUAUUAACAGUGGUGUCAGGAUGUCUUCCACCUACCGCAACGACAGCUCCAGUUCCCUCGGCAGUGGCUCCAGCUCAGCUGAUUCCUUCCCUGGCAGUGGGAAUGGUAACCGGAUGGCAGAUUUCAGCCCGACCUGUGCGUUUAACGCCAACGCCAACAACAACAACAGUAAUGGCGGCAGUGCGAGUUUCUGGUUUGGCGACAGCCUUCUUCCUGUGGGGUCUGAGGAGCUCGUCACCCUGGGAGGCGGAGGCUCUUUGUCGGGAUUUGACCCGUUGACCAUCUCCACUGCCCAAGCCCCGCACCCUGGUGCACAGCCGCAAGUCUGGAGCCCCUUUGUGGACCACCAACCCCCCCAGACCUUUGAUUCUCGCCAGUCUCAGACCAGUCAGCCUGGGACUCCCCGGCUCUCUCCAACCUUCUCUGGGACAGAAGCCUUGGAGCACCCUCAGGCCCAGCGCGUUCACAGAGGGCCGCUCGUCUCGGCUGGGACCCUCGAUGCCCACAGGUUCCCCUCCUACAGCUCGGCCUUCUCCUCCUCCAGUGAAAGCACCGCCUCCUCUUCCUCCCCUCCCGAAUCCUCCCUUUCCUAUCGACCGGGGCUCGGAUCAGCAGUGAGAGGACAGGAGAUCUGUAUCCACUGUAUGGAUAACCAGGUGAUCGCUGCCUUGGUUCCCUGCGGCCAUAACCUCUUCUGUCUAGAUUGUGCCACCAACAUAUGCCAGGGUCCAGAUGCUGUCUGCCCUGUGUGCCUGUCCCCGGCCACACAGGCCAUUCAGCUCCGCAAUUUGUGAUUUUAAUCCAUUUACCUUGAUGGCUGAUGAGGGAUCAGCAUCCCCGACUCUUUCAACUCAUAACAUGUCUGGGGAAAUUACAAAACUGACCCCAAAUCAGUAUCUAGGUGUGUCCUCAUCCCGGUUUUGUCCAAGCUGGUGUUUGGUUGACAAAGGUGAGGGUGAAUAGGUGAAUAAGGAAUGAUCUGUAUUUAGGGCAUGGGUAAGGGUGUGCAGCCCGUUCAUGUGCCUGCUAUUGUGAAGUCUUCUUCCUUGAUUGAUCAAUGGGAGGGUUGGAAACCCUCUGUGUAGCAUUGGGUGGGGUGGGAUAUAUAUAUAUAUAUUUUUUUUUUUUUUUUUUAUUAUUUUUUUGCUCAUCAUGAUUUUUGAUUUACAUUUUCUUCUCCCUGAAAUAUCUAGUUAUCAGUUUCUGCCUACCUAUAUUUUAUUACAUUUUUAAUGUACUUUAUAUUUUAUUAGAUACAUGAUGUUGGCUUUUGGGUCAAAGUUUUUUUCUUUUUUUUUUGUCUACAUCUCAAAAGUUUUAUCCAUUUUUUAAAAUUUUGUUUUGCUGCUACAUUUGUUUUUAUGUGCUUACAUAUGGCCCAACCCCUUUGCCUCUCUAUUAUUGUGCUCACAGCAGGACAUUUUAAAGGAAAAAAGAUGAGGUGAGCAUGUUUACAUAUAGUGAGUCCCACAUAUGAAUAUGUAUAAAUUAAUAGUAUUCUUCUGGUAACCACAGAAUCUGAAUGCCUUCUGUAGUAAAUUGGAUAUAAUGUACACAUACCACACUAUCCAGGCAAAUGCCACUCUAUCCCAGAUGAUUUGCGUAAAUACUACCAGGCUGUUGAUGUCUAUCUGUGCUACUUU